UUCAUUUCUCCCCUAUAUAAACACCUUUUCCUUAUCAAAUUUUCUCACUAUACUUUCCCUUCUUUUUCUCCAUUUCCUUUAAUUCCUACUAGAAGGUAUCUAUAUGUUUGAUAUUUAGCAUUUACCAAUCAUAACACACUCUCUUGUGCAAAUAUCUAAACAGGUACAUAUGUGUCCUUCAAUAGCAAUGGCAAAGGAAAAUGAUGAAGCCCUAGAAACCCAAUUCCAAAAGGGAGUGAAGCGGCUGUAUGAAAAAGGCAUUGAUAAAAUUCCUAACAAGUACAUAUUGCCUGUUCAAGAACGACCCAAUAAUACCAGUCAAGCAGAACCUAGUGAGACCUGCAGGGAAAGUAUUAAGUUGCCCAUAAUUGAUUUUGCUGAGUUGCAAGGCUCAAACCGUCCCCAAGUCCUCAAAUCCCUCGCUGAUGCUUGCAAGCAGUAUGGCUUUUUUCAGUUGGUAAAUCAUGGCAUUCCUAAGGAUGUUAUUAGAGGAAUGGUCGCUGCGGCUGAGAGGUUUUUCGAGCUUCCCUACAAGGAAAGAUCGAAAUAUAUGUCAUCAGACAUGCAAGCUCUGGUUCGAUAUGGAACGAGCUUUAACCAAAACAAGGAUAGUGUGUUCUGCUGGAGAGAUUUCUUGAAGCUAAUGUGCCACCCCUUACCAGAUGUCCUUCCUCAUUGGCCUUCUUCUCCCACAGAUUUCAGGAAGCUGGCGGCUACCUACUCAAAACAAACUAAAUACUUGUUUCUAAUGGUAAUGGAGGCAAUCCUAGAGAGCCUGUUGGGAACCAACAAGAGCAUUAAGAUAGUAGAAAAUGAUGAUGAUGAUAAUGAAAUUAUGAAGGAUUUCCAAGAUGGUAGCCAGCUAAUGAUGGUCAAUUUCUACCCUCCAUGCCCAGAACCUGAUCUUACAUUAGGAAUGCCACCCCAUUCUGAUUAUGGAUUCCUCACACUUCUUCUCCAAGAUGAAGUUGAAGGUCUGCAGAUUCAAUACAUGGACAAAUGGGUCACCGUUGAAUCAAUCCCCAAUGCUUUUGUUGUCAAUGUUGGUGAUCAUCUUGAGAUAUUUAGCAAUGGUAAGUACAAAAGUGUGUUACAUAGAGUGAAAGUGAACUCAACAAAGUCUAGAAUUUCAGUGGCAUCUCUACACACUCUUCCAUUCAAGUGCAUGGUAAGGCCAUGGUCAAAACUCAUAGAUGCAGCCAAUCCAAGGCGAUAUAAAGAUACAAAUUUUGCUACUUUUCUUGACUACAUAUCAACUCGUGAUCCCAAGAAUAAAGAAUUCUUGGACUCUAGGAAAUUGACCUUCGAACAAAUUCCAUCAUAUCCAUAAAUGGGUUAUGAUGAUCACAGAAGAAGAAAAUUACUUCGACUUUUGUAGCUUCAAUGAUUUAGCAAUGAUUUGUUUGGAAUGCAUUAUUUUCCUUUUGUUAACAAAAGAAAAUGUAUUAUGUAGAUUGGCUUAAAUGGUAAUUAUAAGCAUAAAGCCAAGAGCUUAAUUAUGUCACUCUAUCUUCUACACCCUCUCUAUUCCAAUACAUAUAACUUCUUAUACAUGUCAAAGGA